AUGGUGGCCCUAGAAGAGAAACCCAACAUUGAAACAAGACUACUCUGCAUCCUAAAGGCUUUGUGCGUGUACUUGAAUGAAGACCCCGAGGACCUGGUUAAGACCUACAUGGAUGCCGAUGUUGGAGCAGAGAAGGAGUUUGAGAAAGUAGUGCUGGGUGUCUACAUCGUGGAACAUCAACAUGCCGAUGCAUCAGACUCAUUGGAGGACUUUGGAAUAAUCAUCGAUGGCAUUGCAGUUCUUCAAGACCUAAAACACAUUCCAACUGGAUGGGCGCUCCCUUCUUGGAUUAAUCUACUGUCUGGACAUGAACUCUCGAAAGGGACUCGGAUGUACUUUUGA